CUGAAAUGAAUACCUCUUUUCAAAAUAGUAUCCACAUGCCUGGAGCAGCAGAGCGUUCACUGAACUCCCUAAGAUUUCCUAAAUAUAUAUACACACACACGGCUGCUCCCUGAAUAUACUGCAGCACAUUCCUGACUCCCGUCACCUGCACAGAGAACCUCCUCUGAUUCUUAACAGAAGCAAAAUCGGAAGCAUUCAGAGAAAGCAUGCUGAAGUUUCUGCUUAUCACUGCUCUGAUUCAUUUAACCUGUGAACAAGACACUGAGGAUACAAUAACAUACACUCAAUGUACUGAUGGCUACGAGUGGGACCCAAUAAGACAACAAUGCAAAGAUGUUGAUGAAUGUGAAAUUGUACAUGAUGCAUGUAAGGGUGGAAUGAAAUGUGUUAACCACUAUGGAGGGUAUCUUUGCUUACCAAGAACUGCCCAAAUACUGGUUAAUAAUGGACAAGAUGAUAACCCUAGCACACCACAGGAGCCUACUGGCUCCCAGCAAACGAAUGGACAAAAUGCAGCAGUGGAAGUCCAUAACCCCCCUGAUGUUCAACACACAGUUCCAAAUUCCCCACAGCGAAUACAGUGUGCACCUGGCUAUGAACCCAAUGCACAAAAUAUGUGCCAAGACAUAGAUGAAUGUGCUGCAGGAACCCACAAUUGCAGACCUGAUCAAAUCUGCUCCAAUCUGAGAGGUUCUUUCAGCUGCCAAUGCCCCAGGGGACUUCAAAAAAGAGGGGAUCAAUGUGUUGACAUUGAUGAGUGUGCAUUAUCGUCAUUUUGUCAUCAUCAUUGUGUUAACACAUUUGGUUCAUACUAUUGCCAGUGCAAUCCUGGGUUUCAGCUUUCAGCCAACAACUAUAGCUGCAUAGAUGUCGAUGAGUGUGCCAGCAGUCCAUGCACGCAGGAAUGUUACAACAUGGUUGGGUCAUACUUCUGUCAAUGUAAUACCGGCUACGAGUUGAGCAGAGAUCGAGUUAAUUGUGAAGAUAUUGAUGAAUGCAGAACAUCUAACUAUUUGUGCCAAUACGAAUGUGUCAAUGAACCAGGAAGGUUUUCCUGCAUAUGUCCUGAAGGCUAUCAACUUGUUGGAACUCGAACAUGUCAAGAUAUCAAUGAAUGUGAUACGGAUGCUUAUGAAUGCGGAGAAGAUACCACGUGUUGGAAUUAUUAUGGUGGAUACCGAUGUUACCCAAGCAACCCUUGUCAGGAACCAUAUGUUCUCACAUCUGAAAAUCGGUGUAUCUGCCCUGUUGCAAAUCCUCUGUGCCGGGACCAGCCAUACAGCAUUCUCUAUAAGUACAUGAGCAUUCAUUCAAACAGACCAGUACCUUCUGAUAUCUUUCAAAUUCAGGCUACCAUGAUUUACUCUAAUACAAUCAACACAUUCAGAGUUAAUUCUGGAAAUGAAAAUCAAGAUUUUUACUUGCGGCAUACAAGUGGAAUCAGUGCUAUGCUUGUUAUGGUAAAGCCGUUGACUGGACCAAGAGAAUAUAUUGUUGAUCUGGAAAUGGUGACAGUAAACAGCGUAAUGAACUAUCGGUCAAGCUCCAUAUUGAGGUUAACAAUAGUAGUGGGACCACACUCAUUUUAAAUAUGUGAGAUUAAGCACUGGGAAUUGCCAGAUACUAUCAUCUAUGGUACAUCACUACUAUUUUAUUUAAACAUUUCAUUGAAAUUCAUUAUUCUAAGCUCAGAUUAGAAAGGUAUUAAAAAACAGCUAUAAUGUUCAAAAAUAUAUUAAAUAUAUGUGCUACUUAUUUGCAUUCAGCAUUAUAAUUUAAUGUCUGGGUUUGAAUUACCAAAAUAUCAAAUUCAUUAAAAUAAUACAACUAUAAACAUUUUUAUCAUGUAAAUAGUUUGUCAGUAAGACUACACUGAUUUGAUUUGCUCUAUGAUUUUUUUUAAUUAUAGAUCAUAAUUAUUACCAUUAUUCUGGUCGCUUUCCUAACCUUUUUCAUUUCAAUGAAGUUUAGAAGGUGAUCCAGGCAGGUAGAAUCUGAUGUCAUAGAAUAGUUAUACUGUAGAAUAGUUAUACUGUAUACUGCAGUUUUAUUUUAACUUCGAAAUUCGACCCUUAGUAAAUCUGCCCCUAUGUGUCAAGAUACAUGGUAACCUUUGAGUCCUAAAACCUAUUGAACAAUAUUAUAUUGUCACCAUUAAAGGGGCAGAUUUAUCAAGGGUCAAGUUGAAUUCGAGGGAAUUUUCGAAGUAAAAAAAUUCGAAAUUCGAAGUA